UUUUAUUUGUCGGCUUGUCUGUGGUGGAAGACUGUGCUAUCGCUGUUCAAACAUCAAUAGGCGAUUUGUUUAUGUUUUGACCAGCAUGUGUUGGUGUUGAGAUUGAAGAAACAGAUGUUCGUUACUUACAAGGAAACAUGUGGGUUGUCAACGCCAGGGUCUUCUGAUGUUCUCGCUGCUGGGCGAUGUCCUUGCCUUUCUGAUGUCCUCACCUGUGUGUUAAGAUGAAAACAUGGGGAAAGAUAAGAGAAGCGAUAACAUUUCUCAUCAUGCAAUUCCAUUCAGAACAAAAGAAAGUUUGAAGAAGGAUAACAAUAAGCUAUCACGAGAACUACGUGAAUUACAGCGCCGUUUCCAGGAGGUUUCCAAUGUUGUCCAUCAUCUUGAGCUGGACUAUGAAAGUUCGAAGGACAGCCCGCCACCUAUGAGGUACAACAUGCUGAAGGAAAUGAUCAAGAGAUCGACAACUGACGACAUCCUGGAGAAGUCCCGCCCCCCAUCACCCAAGGAUGUCAAAGCUGCAGCCAAGCGGGCAGGAGCUGAAGAUUUAGCGGGUACAUCAAGGCAUUUUGCUGGCUCAAUUGGGUCCAGUAACUCUCACAGAUCACAGGAUUCCCUGUCCCACCAGAAACUCACGGGCAGGGGAGCCUUGGAGGGUACGACGGGCGGCCUACUUGCAUCGUGUCGGGGGUUUGCAGGGAUGUCGGAUCAAUCAGCUGGCACCAGCGAAAACAAAAUAGCUUCACGUGAAAUGCGACUGUCCAAGAAAGAGGUGGCUACGGACAACGACCAGAUAUGCAAGGAAAUCGUGGGAUUUGAGAGUCGUUUUCUUCGAAUUCACAAUAGACUCACAAAGCUACGACAAGAUUACGAAAACUCCAAAGCAAUGGUGUUUCUUAAUAGAUAUGCUGCUAUGAAAAGCAUGAUCAAAGUAGUAAUCCAAGAUAAGAAAUUAACAUCUUGAUUCGUUGACAUUGUCAUUAUUUGUGUCACUUUUCUGUAAGCAACAUAAAACUUAGCCAUGCAACUGUUGGUUAAUUUUCACCUAUAUUACUAUAAAUAUCAGCUUCCUUUUUAUCAAUAUCAAAAGCAAAUAUAUAAGUUAUAUUAUAUAUUACUCUAGAUUUGUACAGACUAUGGAGGUAACAUUUUACUUACGAUGAAGACCAUCUUCAUUAUUACAGUUCUCAAGCAUUAAUAUUCAAUGAUAUAUGUACUGACCUCGCAAAUUUGUCUACCCCUCCAGUUAUACUAUAUGUAUGUAUAUUCUAUAAAUAUCUAUAUUUUACAAUUUGCUUUCUACCUAAGAUAUUUUUUUACUUCCAUAAGCAUGUUCCCAUUUGAUCCUCUUCACCUCUUAUAUAUAUCUAGCUAAAACUUUAAUCCAUAUUC